AUGAGUCACAACUAUGUUAGAAUAUGCCAGAGAAUGUUCACACAAGUAUGGGAUGCUACUACCCUCAUAUGCGCUGAAAAUGAAAGGAUGAGACUAGCUAGACUAUUGCUUCAUGCUCUUGCAGGCACUGAUAGAGACAUUCCUGCUAGACAUAGGGUGAAUUACACUUGUAAGCCACAUGAGGAUACGGCUGCUCAGAUUCAGAAAGAGGAUUUAUGGCGGCAUGAAGAUCACUUGACAGUUCUGACGAGGGAGCUGAAUACUAGGAAGCUUUUAUCGUGGAAGAUAAGAUGCAGAGAAACCCUAUAA